CUCAAGGUGUACUCGGGAAAGAAGAAGAAAAAAAAAACUUGAUCAAUCCGAGUUUGAUUUGCUUCGUCGGUCAACUUUCCGAACGCCGGCUUAGAAGAGCGGGGGGCUGAAGCCGUGGUGAGGUCCUGUAAUUGAGCAAUGUGAAAUCUAGUGGCCUCCCCCUCUUCCCUUCUUGACCGACGACCACCCCCUUGCUACCGUCGAUCCGGCCAUAGCAAAGAUGGCCGACUACAUCGAGACGCAUCCCGAUGAUACAACUACGGCUUCCAACUCCUCUUCGCAACAGCAACGGCAGUUGCAGUACUCUCCCGAUGAGAAGAGCGCAGAAGUCAGACAUCAGGGUGAUGGUGGUCUCGACACGAGGGCGGCUGCUCACCUCGACACCAUCCUCUUUCCCCCUGACAUCUACACCAAGGACAAGGUCUACUGGGCGGAUCUUCCUCUGAAGCAAAAAACGCGAUGGGUCAACGAGCAGAGCAAUGCCGAGGCGAGGCGAGAGCUCGGCGUGAUUGGCGCCAUGUUCAAGAAGGAUCCUCUCAGCCCCAUCUCAGCCUACUUUCGCAACUACGUCGUCACCGGUCUCGGUCUCUUUGUCGAAGGCUAUGUCCUCUUCUCCGUUGGCAACCUCACACCGCUCUUUCGGGCAAUCUGGCCAGCAUGCUGGAAGACCUACGAGACGUGCGACGAGCAGUGGGUUCAUGCCGUCGACUACCUCGAAAUUAUUGGUAUCAUCUUUGGCCAAAUCAUCGUGGGUAUCGAGGGCGACUGGAUCGGCCGCAGGUUCGGAAUGGUGCAGGAUGCCCUUGUCAUGACGUUGGGCUCCAUAAUGCUCACCGCCAUGUGGGGCACCACCCUCAAUGGUUGGGUCAUCUGCUAUGCUUGGUCACUCUUCAUCUACGGUUUCGGCGUCGGCGGCGAGUACCCUAUGACGUCGACGAGAGCUAUGGAGGGUAUGGGCCGCGGUCAGGCAGCCACCACGGGCGACCGCAUGCACCGCGGUCGUAACACCGCCCUAGCCUUCCUCAUGCAAGGCUGGGGUCAGCUCUUCAACCAGGGUGUCCUCAUUGUCGCCCUUCUCGUCUUCCACGGCUCCCUCGAGCCCACGUUUAGCAAGACGAGCACCCAGUGGACUUUCCGCGUUCAAUUCGGCAUCAUCGCCCUUCCCACCAUCUACCUGGCCUACCUGCGUUACUACAAGCUGACAUACACGGACCAAGCGCUCCGCGAUGCCAAGAAGCGAAACAACACCUCGGGCUACGACGUCGCUAGCUUGAAGCUCGCCAUUUCCUGGUAUUGGCACCGCAUGAUCGGCACUGCCCUUGUCUGGUUCAUCAACGACGUUCUCUUCUACGGUUCCAAGAUCUUCUCUGGCGUCUUCAUCGAGAUCAUCACGGGCACCAGCGGCAACAUCAAGGUCACCUGGCUCUACAACCUCCUCAACGUCGGCAUCUCGCUCGUCGGCUACUAUCUCGGUGCUCUCCUCAUUGACCACAAACAGUAUGGGCGCAAGUGGAUGCAAGCCAACGGUCUCCUCGCCAUUUUCGUCAUCUUCCUCAUCUGUGCCGUCCUCUACAACAAGCUGGCCGAGCCGGGCGCCGGCUCUCGGUGGUUCAUGGCCUUGUACUUCCUCUCGUCGUUCUUCACCCAGUUCGGCCCCAACACGACCUCAUUCCUCCUUGCCGCAGAGGUGUACCCCGCCACGGUCCGAUCGACGGCCCACGGUGUGAGCGCAGCGACGGGCAAGAUGGGUGCCCUGCUCGCUGCCGUCGUUUACAACUACAUCGGGUCGCGCACCAAGUUCAUCUUCGUGGUACCUUUUGGAUUCGCAGGCUGGCUCCUCACCCUCAUCUUUGUCCCCGACACCACUGGUCUGGACCUCCGAGAGCAGGAGCGCUACUUUGAGUACGUCCUCAAGGGCCGCACGAACGAGUAUCACGGCAUUGCCGUGCAUCCCCGUCACCUCUCGCUGUUUGAGCGUGUGAUCCUGAAGAGGCAUCUCAACUAUGACCCCGAGAAGGACCGGGCGGCCAAGAUUGAGGAGCUGCGCGCCGUCUACGAGUCCGUCAGGGCCGCCGACAAGGAGGGCGGGCUCGGGGAUAUGGACGAUGACCAACGCGUCUUUCUCGAAAACGAGCUCGAUGGCUUCUUUGCCAAUGAGCGCAAACUUACCGGCAACACAGUCGUACAAGCUCCAGGGGGACACCACUCCAAGCUUGCCGAGCUCGAGACCAAGCUCUCAUAGCAGGCUGUGCCCAUCACCGUUUCUUCUCUUGUUUUCUCUUCCCCUUCUUGUCCAUCGCUGAUUACCUUACGACAUUCUCACCUGCAUUGCACCUGUAUAUACGGCAUCAUCAGUUCCUGUCCUCAUCAGUCGACACUUGAUCCGACAAUUAAUGUUGAGACAGGGC